AUGUCACGGAAAGCCCGCGUGGAUUCUGAUGAGAAAUCGAGCUGGGACCGGCCUCGGUAUUAUGUGUUCAAUGCAGGAUACGGGCCUGUGAAGCCACAUCAUGUUGUCGGAGCACGUCCAGAGAAUGGGGAAGUCGUGGUUGUGCUGCACCUGCCGGAAGGUAGCCUCGUACAACCGCAGCAGGAGGACCAUGCGAUUUGCAAAUUGAUGUUGCCUUACAUGCAGAAAUUGUUCAUGACAAAUGGGCAAGCUUCAGCUCCACGAGUAGUUGUCAUUUUGGAUUUGUCGCCUGCAUGCUCUAGCAUGUCGGAGGGCAUUUGCAAAGUCUUGGAUGACGAAGGGGCAGGCGAGAAAUUGGGCAAGGGGCUUGCCACCAAAAUGGCGCGUGCCGUUGAGCGACUGUGCUUGCAUGGCGCUACGUUAGUGGCUGCUGAAGGUGCAGUUCAGCUUGCAUUGAAAAUGCUCAGCAGCUCCCGGAUCCUUCCUGGAGCUAUCAAAAAAUUGGUGAUGCUUCAUCCUCGACUACCGGCCUCCUGCAUCAACUACACCUUGACCCCGAAAUCAAAGUAUUCGGAGGAUUUGCAGGUCAUUUUUGAUUCAGAAAAUAGCCAGCAACGGCGACUUGCAGUUCUGGAGGGCGCUUUCAGGAGCGUGACGUCUCAAGUGUGCACCACCGCUUCUUCUGCAAUGUCUCUGGCUUUGCAGAUCUCAGAAGAUACAGAGCUUGGCCACAGUGAAUCUGGCGAGUCAUUGUGGAUUUCUGAAAUGACGAUUGAGCUCGACCGGAGGUCCAAGCAACCAAGGGCAGAAUUAACAGACAUCACUGCGGAUGUCCAGGCUCCCGAGCCAGACUCAGCAGAUGAACCUGCAGACGCGGAGUCAGUUGGUACCGGUACAGAAGUUGCAGCGCUAGUCCUGCGUGGAUGUCGUUGCUUGUUGGUUCGGAGUUUAGCUGGAGAAUGGAAAGGCAUGCGCAUUCCCAGUGUAGAGGCCAACGAGAACGAAGAUUUGGUGAAAACAGCACAGCGAUGCAUCGAGGAACUUUGUGAUGUAGAAGGUUCAGAGAUUGAGCAGCUGCAAGAGAUUCCGCCCAUCCCCCUUUUCAAAGGGCACCGAUGCGUGAACGUGAUUUGCUUCAGGGCCGUCAACCCGCCAGCAGGUGCUCUGGAAGAUGCGGAUGUUUCUGAUGAUGAGGACCUUUAUGAUUGGUACACCUGGCCGCGGGCUUUGCGCGCACUCCAAGGGCGAGAAAGUGAAGUCCGUGCUUUGCACGCUGCUGCCAUCGUUCUCGGAAAUGCCUCCGUUGCGGGCAUUGUUGGUCCAGAGUUCGGCGGUGUGUUCGGGCAGGAAUGGACGGGGACCAUGAGUUUUCUGCCCAAAGAUGGACAAGACAAAGCUGGAACCUUACCAACAAUCACGGCAGCGCCUGAGGAAGUGAAGGCGCCGGCCUUGCCCGAGAAGAAACUUCCGGUGAGCGUCUUGUCGGGCUUCCUUGGCGCUGGUAAGUCUACUCUGUUGCACCAUCUUCUGGGAAACAGGGAUGGCAUGAAAAUUGCAUGUAUCGUCAACGACAUGGCAUCUGUGAAUGUUGAUGCUAUGCAGCUCGAGGGGGCUAAACUGUUGCACAAGGAUGAGACAAUGAUUCAGUUGUCGAAUGGUUGCAUUUGUUGCACGCUGCGGGAGGACUUGUUGACUGGAAUAAGAUCUCUGGCUGGGGAGAAUUUCGAUUAUGCGCUGGUGGAGUCUUCUGGAAUCUCCGAGCCAUUGCCGGUGGCAGAGACCUUCACGUUUGAAGAUGAUGACGGCGUUAGUCUAGGGCAAGUUGCGCACCUACAGAAUAUGAUAACCGUUGUGGACUCCGAAUCUUUCCUACGAGAGAUGUCUUCCACAGAGGCAUUGCGGGAUCGCAACUGGCAAGAGGACGAGUCUGACACAAGGGGCAUUGCUUCUUUACUGUUUGACCAGGUUGAGUUUGCUGACAUCAUUGUCCUCAACAAGGUUGACCUUGUGUCAGCGGAGCAGCGUGUGAAGAUACGCACAUUGAUAGCCAAGAUCAAUGAAAAGGCCGAAAUUAUGGAGACAUGUUUCUCAAAGCUUCCUCCCGCCAGUAUCUUCAAGGUGGCCAGGUUCAAUAUAGUGCAAGCUGAGACAAAUCCCAAAUGGCUAGCAGAAGCAAGGCAUGCGGAGCAUGUGCCAGAAUCUGUGGAGUAUGGCAUCCAUUCCUUCAUAUUCCGGGCCAGGAGGCCAUUUCAUCCUCAAAGGCUACAUUGCCUGAUGAAGGCCGCUUGUGAGCGCAGUGGUCCGCUUCAGGCUCUUGUUCGCCUUAAGGGCAUCGCUUGGCUGGCAUGUUAUCAUAACGUACAGAUGAGCGCCGCGUUGGCAGGCUGCAAUUUUGUCAUGAGUCUGGGCGCGCCCUGGUGGGCUGCAAUGCCUCGCGCUGAGUGGCCGGCGGGGCUGGAAGAAGACAUAAAGCCUUUGUGGGACGAAGCCUUUGGGGAUCGCCAGCAGGAAUUGGUUUGUAUUGGGCUUCACAUGGAUGAGCAAGCUGUCAAGGCUGCUAUGCAGGAGUGUUUGUUGACAGAUGCAGAGCUUGAUCUUGGGCCAGAAACAUGGUCUGUGUGGAGCGAUCCGUGGAAUUGCGUAGACGUAGAGCAAGGAUGCCAUAGUCACAGCCACAGUCACGAUGACCAUGGUCAUAAUGGCCACGGUCACGACGGCCACGGUCAUGCUGGCCAUGGUUACAAUGGCCACGUGCAUGGACACGAUGGCAACGGCUGCCAAGGCCACGACCAUCCAGCUGAGGCAGGACAUGGAUCAGAAGCUGGCCACAGCGCGAAUCAUUGUGCAGAAGACCAUGAACAUGGCCUGUGUCUUGCAGGGGGGUAG